GGGUUGCGCACACAUUUCACACAUGCAUGAAGAGAACCAUGGGAACAACUGAAAGCUCACUGCAUCCCAGAAAAAUGUCUAACUCAGGUGUGAAGUGUGUCACGACUCCAUGCGUCACCUCGUGCCCAGAUGCAAAAGUGGUGAUACAUCCUCCACCGCUUGUGCUCACUCUGCCAGGACUGAUCCUCGCCACAUCGCCCAGUAAAACCUUAGUGGAAACAGAGACGGCAUGCCUCACCAAUGGGUCUGAUGGGUGUUCCACAGCACUUGUAACCAAGUCCUCCGGUCCACGUGCCCUUUGUGGCUCUACUCCAUGUUGCAUAUCAACUACUCCUGACUCUCAAAUGGUGAUAAAGCCGCCACCUGUAUGCAUUACAAUCCCAGGUGCUGUGCUUACCAGUUACCCGAAUGAAUGCCUCAUAGCAACUUCACAACCCUGCAUCCCUGCUGGCUCGAAGCCACCCGCCAUCACACGUUCGGCGUCAGUUACCGAUGGUCCCAUCGUCUCAGCUCCUUUAUCUCGCUCUACCUCUGUCCCAUGUGAGCUCAAUAGCCCAUCAAAGUGUGUGACGCAAGGUCCUGGUUCCAAAGUGGUGAUAUACCCUCCACCGAUUGAACUCAUCAUACCGGGACCUGUUCUUGAAAUUGCAGCGGAGGAAUGUGCAGUGGAAGUCCACAAUCCAUGUGACAACACAUGUGCCAUCACCAGUGGUGAGCAGAGUGAAGUGAAGGCCCUGACAGCCCGUGCGAAUUCCUGCACGGAAGUUUGUGGAUUGAUGGGUGCUUCGUCAUGUGUUUCCCAGGGCCCAGAAAUGAAGAUAACCAUACAGCCACCUCCGAUUGCAGUGGACCUCCCUGGACCGAUUCUUCAAGUCUUCCCUGAAGAAUGCAAAGUGGAAACACUUAGUCCAUGCGCUCCUCCUGAGACACCAGCACUCUCUGAAUCGUCCUUUGCAGCCCUCACCUCCGGUGACACCUCACUCUGCACUAUAAAGCGUCCUCUGCCCGACGUUAGAAGACCCCCACGCCCUUGGGCAGAGAUGUACAGCCGAUCUAUAACUCCACGAAGCCUCACAACGGGCCCAUCACAGACUCCAAAGCACCGCAACUCCUUUAGCUCUGCAAGCUGCUAUUGAACUCCAAAAGAAUAUAGAACAAAGAUUGCUUAAAAAUGUGAAUAUGGCUGCAUAGUUGAUGGGAACGAGUCCUCAACUAUAACUUGUAUAGAAUCAAAUUCCCUAAUGUUAUCUAAAACUGAGUUCCAUCGAAACCCAUGGGAUCGAAAUGCAUACUUAGGACCCAUUGAUUUCUAUGGGACUUUAGGAGCACUUAACUGUGUCUGGAUUAUGCCUGCUAUUGUUCUUAAUUGUUUUAAUGAGACAAUUUGAUAAUGUGUAGAAGAAAAAGGUGUCUUAAGAAUGUUGCUCAUACCUGCACUUUUGCAUUCAAGUGCGCAAAUAUAUAUUGCAAAUGUCAGGUGGUAUUUCACUGUCAUGGCUUCCUUCCCAUCCAUGUUUGGAACUGAACAUAGACAUUGACUGGUUAGAUCAGACCAAAAAUCUUCUAGGCCAGGAUCCUGCUCCCAAAGGGGCCAGCCAGAUAUGUGUAGGCAACAAUUUCCUAUAUUCUUUGUCCCCUGCAACAGGUAUCCUGGAGAAUCAUCCUGGAAAUCCCAUGUAGCUACCAGAGUUACAUGAUCCAACCAAUCUCAUCCCCCCCCCAGCUAUGCAGAAAGUCUUAGCAUUUGAGGGGUGGGGAGGCGUUUGGGGGGAAAAGUAUGGCUCAGUGGUAAAUUGUGUUCAGAAGGUCCCAGGUUUAUUCCCUGUCAUUUCCAAUUAAACUAUCUCAGGUAGAAGAUGGUAGGUGAGACCCUUCUCUGCCGGACAACUAUUGCCAAACAGAAAAGGCAAUACUGAGCUAGAUGGACCAAUGGUUUGACUCCAUAUAAGGUUGCUUCCUACAUCCAAUGCGUUCGUUUUCAAUGCUAUUUUAUGUACCCAUAAUAUUAUGUGAAAUGAAGAGGAACUGUGAUGUGCCAUACCAUCUGAAAUGGACACUUUAACCGGUAACCAUAAACACCUUCACUAAGAAGUAAGCCCUAUUAAACUCAAUAGCACUUACUUUUAAGGAAUUGUGUUUGGGAUUACACGCUGCACUCCAUGAUGAAUACAGGAUCAGAGGGAGGGGUAGAGAUGAAGGUAAGGGUUUUUUGUCCCCUAAAUUAUAAAUUAUGGGCUUUUUACUUGCGGAUAUGUAGUUAGAUGUUUUUAAAAAUGUGCAUGAUAAUUUAAAGAAAACCCAAACCCAGUGUGUGUGAUUUUUUUAUUUCUGAUUGUCAACUAGCAA